UGUUGGGUGACGGCGACAUCGAUGUUGCUGUCUGUUAUUCAACUUCGCCUUCUCAGGUCGUCAGAAAAUUACUAAGAUACAUCCCCAAACACAUUUAUUCAAAGUAAUUUUCCCACUUAGUUGCGAUGGACGUCGUGCUGUCCGUCUGUCGGUGCCACUCAAACGUAUGCGACAUCGCUUUUAUUUUGACAACGCGAAUAGGAAGUGAAUAGGUCGCCUAUCCAUACUUGACGUUGGUGAUUUGCUACAGGAAAGACUUAUGAGAGAUAAAUAUUGUCAUUACAUUCGAGUUUUCAGACUUCUCCAAGUAACCCGAUCCUUCCACCGUUAAGUUUUUUUCUGCCUUCACAUCGUUUACCGAAUAGGGUGACAUAACACAACACGGCCGUGUUCAAUUGGCAGCUGGAUGGAUGUGCUGAGGAAACCAUGAACAGUGGAUCCGUGUUUUUUUUUUUUUUUUGCUUGGAAUUUCCUCCUCGCUUUGGUGAUUAUUUAAUACCGACAAUGCGUCAGGUUUAUCACGGCUUUUGAUGACCCACUUCAUAUGAUGCGGAAUACAUUGUAUGGGAUUUACGGCACGAUUCAGCCUCGGAGGAAAGAACGUCUGGGAUCUUUCUAGUGAACGUGUAAUGAAGAUAAAAGAUGGACAUAUACGGGGGAUUAUUAAUUAUUUUCCCUGCCAGUUUUAUUGCCUGCAUAACAGCCCAGCACAAUCCACUAAAGGUUCAUGAAGGCUGGUGGGCAUAUAAGGAGGUGGUACAGGGAAGCUUUGUUCCAGUGCCUUCUUUCUGGGGCCUGGUAAACUCAGCUUGGAACUUGUGCUCAGUGGGGAAAAGGCAAUCACCGGUCAACAUUGAGACCAGUCACAUGAUCUUUGACCCUUACCUCACAUCUAUGAAACUAAACACUGAUGGAAAAAAGAUGAGGGGGACAAUGUAUAACACCGGUCGCCAUGUUUCUGUGCGACUGGACAAGGAGCAUCUGGUUAAUAUCUCCGGCGGGCCUAUGAUGUACAGCCAUCGUCUGGAGGAGAUUCGACUCCACUUUGGUAGUGAAGACAGUCAGGGCUCUGAACACCUGCUGAAUGGCCAGGCUUUCUCUGGAGAGGUUCAGCUGAUUCACUACAAUCACGAGUUGUAUACAAAUUACACCGAAGCUGCCAAGAGUCCCAAUGGACUCGUCGUUGUGUCCAUAUUCAUGAAAGUAGCUGAAACAUCUAACAAUUUCCUGAAUCAAUUGCUGAAUAGAGACAGCAUCACAAGAGUAACAUAUAAAAACGAUGCUUAUCUCCUGACAGGACUAAACAUAGAGGAGAUCUAUCCAGAAACAAGUAGUUUUAUCACUUAUGAUGGCUCAAUGACCAUCCCUCCAUGUUUUGAGACUGCCACGUGGAUCCUGAUGAACAAGCCCGUGUACGUCACACGCAUGCAGAUGCACUCUUUGCGCCUCCUGAGCCAGAACCAGCCAUCUCAGAUCUUCCUGAGCAUGAGUGACAAUGUCCGUCCAAUUCAGCCGCUGAUCAACCGCUGCAUCCGCACCAACAUUAACUUCAGCUUGCAAGGAAAAGACUGCCCAAACAACAGAGUCCAUAAGCUUCAAUACAGAGUGAAUGGAUGGUUACUAAAUUAGGAUCCUUCUGCGGAGAAAAAUAUCAAAGGUAAAGGAAGGCAAAGCAACGGUUGACAAUUUUGAAACCACUCACGUCGGCUCAUCCAGGAGGACUUGACGGAAUUGUAUCUCCACAAAUGUAUUGAUUGUAUCCAGAAAUAUGGAAUUUUGUAAAGCAUGCAGCGUGGGUCUGCUUUAUACAUAAGAACUAGAAAUGUAUUUCAUAUGAUACCUGCUGUACAUCUGACAAAAAGGAUUUUUUAUUGGGUCAGAACGUGACACUGUAAAGAAGCACAUGAAACACAAUCUCGUACUUAUUUGAUAACCUUCUGGUUCCCCAUACGGGGGGGGUGGGGUGGGGUGGGGGAGGAAAUUACAUUUUUACAUCUUGCUAUCAACUGAAAGAAGUAAAGAUAUGACAAUUCAGUCACGCAAUCCAACACAGAAGUUGGAAGGUCAUUAUGCUUGUCUACAGCUACUGAGCAGUCAUGUUCUAGCUCAAUUUGUAUGUAUUUGGAAUGUAUAUAUCAAUACAUAAUGGUGCACAUGACUUAAGAGAGGAAUUAUUGAAAAACGUGUCACAAUUGUUGUGUAGUUGUCUAAGUUGAUGCCUUUUAUUCCUUCAUUCAUCACAGACUGAAUCAUCUCAUUGGACCAAUAAAUUGGUCUCGAAAAAAGAUCCCAGAUCUUGUGUCACUACUUUGAUCAAGGGAACUGCUGAGAAAAUACUUCAGAUGCUUUGAUCAUGUGGGCAUUGAUACUCCAUGGUCAAAAUAUAAGGUCUACAAGCCCAUUCUAAUGACAAUAUACUCUCUUGUGUGGUGCUUGUCCCAUUCCAUUCUGUUCAGUUUCGACACAAAUGUGAUCAUAGUAAUCAAUUACAAUUGAAAUCAUCCAUUCCAGUCAUUGCCGUCACAAAAGCUUUAUUAACCGUACGGUGAAUGUUUUAAUGACUGUAUUAUUUUCAUUUUCUCAACGACCAUAAAAUGUAGAUGUAAAUGAACUUUAUUAAAUGUACAUUGAGACAAUA